ACCCUAUGUUCUUUGACAGUGUAACAACUUAUUUUUCAAAGUGAAAAAUUUGCUGAGCAGGCAAAGCGUCCAGGAAAUCCCGUUUUUCACGAACAUCGCCUUAUAAUCCUACAAAAUUGUACGUUUAAAGCUAUGCACCAUCUCACAAAAAAUCAUGGAGUGGUCUGACGCAUCGGCAGAAUCUACAAAACUUCAGCAAAAUUUGAAGCCAGUGAAUGAAUCCAGGAGGGAACGCUUCUUCCUUGGCCAUGCGUCGACGAGAGUGUCUCCAAGAAAAUCAAAAACUCCUGCCCAGGAUAGACUCAGACGUCUGCAGCAAAGUCUGCAGGAAGAUGUAAAGAAGUCUCCGGAGGCGACCGAUGUGGCUAUGAAAUCUCCUUCACGACCUGCAAAUUCCCAAGGGAUGACCAAUGUGGCUGUAAAAACGCCUCCCCGUCCUGCGAAUUCUCAAGGGACGACACAUGUGACUGUAAAAUCUCCUCCACGACCUGUGAGUUCUGUCCAGAAUCGCCUCAAAGUGGCCCAGGGCAAGCUUCCACCGUCUCAGGCGACAAAAAGAAAGGCUCAAGAUGAGAUGACGGAAGUUCCUGAGAAAAAACGACAUGUGAUGGAUUCACCUCGUGCAGCUACGAAGAGGCCCAAACUCCGUGCCAGGCGUUCCUAUUCAGCGAGACUGAAAAAUACUCAGGCUGCAGAAACAUCCAACUGGGUGAAUCCUUUAAGAGUGAGAUCAGCUCCAGAGUGUACCAGAACCUUGGCUGAGGAUUCCGUUUCGCCGCCAAAAAAAGCAAAGCCACAACAAAAUGUGAUUCAAGAGGAAACGCCUACUGCAAUCUCCAAAGAGAAAUCCUCAUGUGCAUCCGGAAGCAGCGAAAGUCUCCCUGAGAAUGGCGAGCAAAAGAAGGAAUCGUCAAAGACAUUCUUCGUGGUUGUGGAUACCAAUGUCUUCUGUCACAAUCUCAUCUUCCUGUCCAAUAUCCUCAAUAUGAAUUUCGCUUCAUCGGGCUAUGCCACCCUCGUGAUACCUUACAUUGUCCUCCAGGAACUGGACAAUAUCAAACACAAUAGUGCUGAAUUGGAGGUAAGCUCCAACAAAGCCAUCCAAUUCAUCAAUGAGAAGCUGCAGAAAAGGCAUCCUCAAGUCCGUGGACAGAGUGCAAUCAAUGAGAACAAUCUCCUCAUAAAUGCCCUCAAUCCGGACGAUUCCAUCAUCAAUUGUUGCCUCCAGAUCAAAGGGACAACUGACAAAGUCAUUUUGCUGUCCAAUGACAUUAAUCUGCGCAAUAAGGCCAUCUGCAACCAAAUCAAUGCGUUUAAGCCAAAGGAUCUCCGGGAAGAUGUUCCCAUUGAAUUUCUCUGACUGAGAAAUUCAUCAAUCAGCCUCCCAGAAUUCCCGGACACCAAAUUUUAAAAUUUAGCAAAAAUUUGCUACAAAACUUAAUUCUAGCUUUUGGUGUUCACCGGAACCACCGGAACGGGCCUCCAUCCUCCACCCCAUUUCACUUAAAUUCAUCAUAAUUUUAAAGAAAAGAAAGGAAUUUGUUACCUGAAUUAAUAAAAAUGAAAUAUAUUUGAAUUUUAUACGAGCUAAAAA